AUCGGUUUGAUUUCAAUCAAUUUUGAAUCGCGACUUUGAAUUGUCACUUCGAAUUUCAUCACAUAUUUGAAAUGUGUAGAUUUCAGUUGGCUACGAUUGCCAUGGAAACGAAUGUUUGAGCUCUCAAAUAAAAAACGCAAAAGUCGAAUCGUUCUCAGCAUAUAUAACAAGUCAAUUCCUUUUUCAACUUAUUCAGGGAUCCAUUUAAAAUUUUCUCGCUUGCAAAAGUUAUUUGAAUAAGAAGAUGACAGAAGUGAGUGAUGCGGCGAUUAAAAGGACACAAGAUUCACUGGGAAAAAUAAUUAAAAAACCCAUACUUACGGAAAAAUUGCUGCGAAAGCCACCGUUCAAAUUUUUACACGAUAUCAUUCAUGCAGUUAUUAAAACUACUAGUUUUCUGGAUGGAUUGUAUACUGAUGAGGAGCUUCAAUCUGAAAAUAUGAAGGAUCGAGAUGCAAAAAUUGCUUUUCUACAGAAAGCUAUCGAUGCAAUAAAAAUAUCCACAAAAUUAGAAGUAAAAGCAAGACCAUCAAAAAUUGUGGCUGGCUUGGAGGCCGAUAAAACGAAUGAAUUAUUAGUGGCAAUUUCCAAGGCUAUAGAUAGAAAAAUUGACAGCACCGAAGCGGUUGCGCUUGUAAAAAGUGGAAAUGUGGCUGCAGCAGCACCGAAAAAAGAAGUAAAACCAACGAAAACGCAAACAAAAAGCGAACCUCGAAAAGCUAAAAAAGAAACUAAGGAAACGAAAGAGCCAAGCAGAAAAACUAAAACCACCACAGACACUAAGCCGACAAAGAAAACCGAACCGAAUGCCAAAGUGAGCAGACAGAGCAGCAAAGAUUCAGUUGAAACGAAAAAGACAAAAAGGUCAUCGUCACAAGGAAAUCGAGACAAAGAAAAGGAAAAUGAUAAGAAAAAAGACCGCGAAAGGACAGCCACUUUAAAAACGGAAUCGGUAGAAAAAGUUCCAAAAGCAGUGGAACAAACAAUUGAAGCUCCUCAAACUAACGGAAUUGUGAAUGAUAUAAUUGAAAAUCAGGAAUCGAAGCCAAAUUUAGCCAAGGUCGAACCAGUAGAAACAAUUGUGAAGCAAAUCGAUUUGCCAAAAGAUGAGUCCGAAAAGUAUGAACCGCGAGAAGAGAAGAUAGAAAAGCGAGAAAAGACGCCAAAAACGACACCAGAGAAAAAAUCUGAAGAAACUGUUGAUGGGAAGCCCGAAGAAAAACCAAAGUCGGCUGUGCCGUUAGAAGUGACCAAAUCUGAAGAGAGUGUAAAUAAUCCACAGCCAUCACCUCCAACCGCUGUAACAUCAACCGCAGUAUCCAAGAAAGUGCCCGAAAAAGCUGUUGAAAAAGUGGAAAAACCACCAAGUGAUAAACCGCGAUCGUCUAAAUCGAGGAAAAGUCAUCCCAAGCAUGAUUCUGAAAAGGUUUCGGACGGUAUGAAAACAGAGGAAAAGUUGACAACUUCGAAAUCAAUGGACAAGGUAAUCGAACGGUCGCAUGGCGUUAAAACGAAUGAGGUGACGAAGAACUCUAAGCCGUCACGAACGGCCCUAAGAUCGGCUGCAAUGCGACCAAUUUCAGCACGGCCAAGUGCACCACGUCGACGUGAUCGAAAUGUUCGACAAAUCGUCCAUACGGAAAGUUUCGUACAAGAGUCUGGCGAUCAAAAGACCGAUAAGAAGAAUCAGCUACCCGCAUUUGAUGACGCCGAUAAUAUCGUGAUAACAGAAACGAUAACCGAAAAUCUAUCUGCGAUAGAUGAGCCCGCCACAAACAACAUGGAUGGCGAAAUUGAUGGGGAACAAGGCCAUUUGGUGCAACAAAUUCUUGAAACCCAAACCGCAAUUCUGAAAUCGGAUGCCAAGAAUGAUAUUUCGACGAUAUCCGAUGAUCGUAAAUCGAUUACGCGCAAUAUGACCGAAUUGAGGAAAAUGAUACAAAAAUUAUCACUUUACAUCACACCGUUGGGCAAAAUGAUGGAAUACUUUCAAGAAGAUGUCGAUGCAAUGCAAAUUGAACUCCUAAUGUGGCAAAAGGCGGGGGCAGCCGCCAGAGCCGACAUCAAAGAAGAGCAACGUACAACGGAAAAACUAUUGGAGAAUUUUAAAUACCAUUUGGCUGAGAUUAACAACAGUAUCAAGGAUCAUGCCGAACAAAUUAACAAUACAACAAUGAAUAUUAUUCAAAAUGAGGAGAAAAUAUCCAAAUUAAUUUCCACAUUGUAAUUAAUAUGCAACAAAAACUGAAGCAACCACAAUUUAUUGAAAAAUUAUAUGAUAUCUUAUCCAAAAUAAAAGAAUAUUUAUCAAGAUUUUGGCGCA